AUACUUCUGAUGGCAUGCCUCUCGUGUUGUGGGUGCAGUUGGGCUAGCUCAGAUCAUCAGUGACCCAUGGGACAGACUAGACCUGCCUGCCUCACACUCCUGGGCUGUAAGGAGUCCCUCUGAAGAUAUUCUGUGCCCAAGCCUGUGGGAGAGCCAUCCAAUCCCAGACAAGGACUGUGUUCUAGGGAGGCUGGGCCUCUGUUAUGCACCUGAAGCCACACUGGCAGCUCCAGAAGGAAGCGCGGUCUCUGGACAUCACCCAGGAGACGUGGCCGCUGCCCAUGCGCCACCCCCGGGCUGUAAACGAAGAAGCGUGCGGCGCGAGCCUCCUGACACCAAGCAUCUUUCCUUCAGCCUCUUGUGGCAAAGCAUCCUCUCGCCAGCCUUUUGGGAUCAUUUCUCCAAAUGUUCUGUGCAGCAUGAGUGGGAAGAGCCCCGCAGAGAGCAGCUUGAGUCUCAAAGCCAAAAAGCAUGUGCCGUCUGCGACAAUCCACCAGGGCGAGGACGGGGACGGGCCGCUCGACAUCUGGGCCGUGGUGAAGCCGGGAAACACCAAGGAGAAGAUCGCCUUCUUUGCAGCCCACCAAGGUAGCACAAGGAUCGGCUCUAUGAAAAUUAAAAGCUCCUGGGAUCUAGAGGGGAGAGCCACCAAACGGAGGAAGAGGUCGGGGGAUCUGAGGAAAGCCAAGGUCCAGUUGGAAAGGAUGCGGGAGGUCAAUAGCAGGUGCUACCCGCCAGAACCUUUUGCGUGUGGCAUCGAGCACUGCUCUGUGCACUACGUGAGUGACAGUGGGGACGGCGUCUAUGCAGGGAGGCCUCUGUCCGUCAUCCAGAUGGUGGCCUUCCUCGAGCAGAGAGCCAGUGCUCUGCUAGCCAGUUGUACGAAGACCUGCACCAGCGCCCCAACAGCUGUGAGGCUUCCUGGGCACCCCAGAGGUGUGCCCCCAGCCUUCCCUGCCCCUGGAGCCUGUGAUGCAGUCGGGGAGAGGGGCACUGCUGAGGCCGGCGAAGCCCCAACCGAGCCGGUCCGCGUCCUGGACAUGGUGGCCAGGCUAGAGUCCGAGUGCCUGAAGCGGCAGAGCCCGAGGGAGCCAGGGAGCCUCUCGAGGAGCAGCAGCUUCCGCCGCAAUGUGGGCCGGGUGCUGCUUGCCGGCGGCACGCAGGCUGACGAAGGCAAGACCAGCAAAGGCGCCGUGGAGGCACCUGGCGCUCAGGGAGACCCUGUCGGGUCGGCAUCUGAGGACUGUGGCCCCUCCAGCGCUGAGCAGUGUUCUCCUAAGGAGGACCAGGCCUGGGAGGAUGGCCCACUGGGCUGCCCCUCAUUGCCAGCCGGUGUGGGUCUCCAUGUGGCCCAUGAGGGUCCAGAGGCAGGCCAGCGUGCUGCCAUGAAGAACAGCAGCAGCAGGCCUGAUGUGGAAAUGACCGAGGAACUAAUUGGGUCGCCCUUCCCUCCGCACACCUGUCCCCAAGCCACUGAAUUGCCCCCCAAUGCUGUUGACUGCACGAUGAGAGAGUUUGUACCGCUUACUAGCCAAACGCCUGCGCAGAGGAGGAGAGAAUCCGGGGGGGUCAUCAUCGCCGUGUCCAAGGCAGAGCAAAAGCAGCCUUCUAGCCUCCUCUCCUGUGGCGACCCGCUUCCAGGACGGCUCUUUUUCCUGCCGCCUGGCCAGCCCGAGUCACACUGCUCACAGUCGGAUGAAAGCACAAGAGAGUCUUCAGAGGGCAGCCCGCUGGCAGGCGCCCCCGCGGUUGGGGUUGACCGCGCACCUAAGGACAAAGGCGCUCCAGCCGAGCCCUGUGUGGCCCCCGCCUUGGCUGCCGAGAGGGCACUGCCGGUGGUGGAGGCGUCCAGCUGGAAGAAGCAGGUGUCUCAUGACUUUCUGGAGACCAGGUUUAAAAUCCAGCAGCUGUUGGAGCCUCAGCAGUACCUGGCCUUUCUGCCCCACCAUAUUAUGGUGAAGAUCUUCAGGUUGCUUCCCACCAAGAGUUUAGUGGCUCUUAAAUGUACCUGCUGCUACUUUAAGUUUAUCAUUGAGUACUACAACAUCAGGCCGGCGGAUUCCCGCUGGGUUCGUGAUCCACGCUACAGAGAGGAUCCUUGCAAGCAGUGCAAGAAGAAGUAUGUGAAGGGGGACGUGUCCCUGUGCCGGUGGCACCCCAAGCCCUAUUGCCAGGCACUGCCCUACGGGCCAGGGUACUGGAUGUGCUGCCACCGCUCUCAGAAGGGCUUCCCCGGCUGCAGGCUGGGCCUUCAUGACAAUCGCUGGGUCCCUGCCUGCCACAGCUUGAACCGGGCAAUGCACAAGAAAGCAAAAGGGGCCGAACUGGAGGAGGACGAUUUUUAAGUCUAUGCAAGAGGCAGCCAAACCUGCCCCAGCCCCCACGCUGAGUGAGUGGUAACCCCCAGAGUUGUCACUGGAAGGAACCCACCAGGACAGCCUGCCAUCGCUCAGGCGGGUUUCAAUGCCAGUUCCCCAGCUGCACCUCACGUUUGAUCCAGAGGUGGUGUACGCGCG